AUGGGCAAGGGAAGAGAUAAGCGCAAGAAGCGGGAGGAUCCGGCUAAAGCCGCUAAGCGGGCAUCAAGGCAGUCCAACAAGCUCCACAAACAUCUCGCAAAGCAGCAGGACGAUAACAUUGAGAAGGAGGGUUUGAAUAAUGAGGAGGCGAUUGAAGUAACCCUAAAACAUAUUCAAAAGGCGCAGGGAAAGAUUCGUGUAGUGGAGGAAAUCCAAGACGUCAAGCCGCCAUCACCACGAGUGAAUGUGGUACUGUCAGCCCAUCCUGAACGUGAUGGAGAGCUGAUUAUCUUUGGCGGUGAGUACUGGAACGGCAAAAUCACGACAGCCUACAACGACACGUACUUUUAUCGUAUCCGACGUGGUACAUGGGCGAAGCUCUCCUGCGCAGUAAACCCGGCACCCCGCAGCAGUAGUCAGGGCAUCGUAUACAAGCAUUACCUCAUCAUCUUUGGCGGCGAGUUUGUGUCGCAGUCCCAGUCGCAGUACAUGCACUUUAGAGAUGUCUGGAGGUUCAACUCACGCGUCAGUGAGUGGGAGGAGCUGAAAACCCUCAAGGGAGGCCCUUCUUCACGGAGCGGGCAUCGCAUGGUGCUUUGGAAGCGAAAUGCGGUCGUGUUCGGUGGUUUUUACGACAAUGCACAGGAGUGUCGCUAUUACAAUGAUUUAUGGAUGCUCUCCUCGUUGGAGGGGGCGGGGAAAUGGACUGAGAUGAAGGUAUUAUCUGUUGGUGAAGUUCCUCACGUCCGAAGCGGACACAACAUGGCGGUGUAUGGGGACCAGCUCUUUGUAUUUGGUGGCUACUCCACAGAGAAGUUUAAUCGAUUCAAAAAGUCAGAAGCCACUGUACACCACGACCUGUGGAUGAUUCAGCUGUAUCCACCCGAGAAAGAGUUCAAAUCGGCUGAGGAGCUGCCAAUGUGGCGGAAACUACGCCUUGGUGGGGUGCCUCCACCGAUACGCUGCGGCGUCGCGUCGGCCUUCAAAGAUGCACGUUUAUACCUCUUUGGUGGUGUCGUGGAUAUCGAAUCGCCAGGGGGCAAGAUGCUCUCUACCUUUCAUAACGACCUGUUUGUCUUCCACAUGGAUUCCAAGAGUUUCUAUCCCGUGGUGCUCCGUAAGGCCUCAAAAAAGUCUGUAUCGGCCAAGCAACUUCGUGCAGAUCAUUUGAACAGCCUUCAGGCACAGCUUGAGGCGCUGCGUUUAGGUGACCAGGGUGCGGAGGGCGGCGAUCCUAACGACACGGACUCCUCCUCUUCGUCUUCCUCGUUGUCGCUGUCGGAGCAUGGAGAGAACAAGGCGGUGGAGAACAGUCCCAUGGCGAAGGAAAGCUAUGAAACGAACCGCUACGGCCAGAUACUGCCGCAUCGGCGAAUGGACGCAUCCAUGGUGGUGAUCGGAAAUCAGCUCUACCUUUUCGGCGGCCAAUUCGAGAGCUCCAAGAGGGAGGUGACCAUGGCCGACUUAUUUUCCUUAAACCUUAAUCGCCUUGAUACUUACCAGGUGCUCCUCUCGCAAAAUCUUUCCGAGGCGGAGUGGCUCGCCAACGACUCGGAGAGCGACGCUGGAUCGUGGGAGAGCGGGAGCACCGUCGUCAGCGGCACCUUUGACUUCGACUACAGUGAUGAGGAAGGGGAGGAAGAGGGGGGCGGCGUGGGGAUGGCUAUGGUGGACGACGAGAUGAACGGCGAUGAGGCCCCGGAGGCGAUUCCGGCCGAACUCGAGAUGGAGGCAACCCCCGGCCACGCGGAGGUCGCCGGGGUGAUCGAUCACAUCACGCACACCCGUGGGAAGAAGGGGCUGCACGUGCACAAGGCGCAGCUCCUUGCCCAGCUGAACUCCUCCGCCGCGGUGCCGACACCGACGCGUGAGGAGCCUUUUCGGCAGUUCUUUGAGCGAACCCAGGCGUUCUGGACGGCGACAGCGAAGGAGGCCCAUCAGGGCACCCGCUCGGACCGGCGUGUCAAGAAGGAGGCAUCGAUCUUUGCGCGCAGGCGAUACGACGAAACCAAGGAGUUACUGGCGCAGCUGGCCUUGGUGGAAGAGCGUGAGAGGGAAGAGGCACGCUUCUUUAAAGAGCGGCGCCUUCAAAAGGAGAAGGAAUGGGAGGAGUACGAGCGGGAGCAGCAGAGGCUGCAGCAGGAAGAGGCUGCUGCCGUUGCAUCCGCAUUAAAGCAUAAUACUGACGUGACGGACGAUGAGGAGGACGAUGAAAGCGAAGAUUAA